CGGAGCUACAUUUCAAACAGGCGGCGGGACGUCUCUCGUUUCCCAUCUGGGCCUGUAGCGUAAAAAAGGGCUUGAGGUUUUUUUUCGCUUCAGUUUCAGCCCAGUUCUGUCUCACUGUUUCGGACGCCGAUGGCGAAACAGCAAAGCCGGGAGCAGGGCAUCACCUUGCGGGGCAGCGCCGAGACUGUGGCGGAGUUUUUCUCCUAUGGUAUCAACAGUAUCUUGUAUCAACGUGGAAUAUAUCCUGCUGAAACAUUUACACGUGUUCAAAAAUAUGGGCUUACCAUGCUUGUUACUGCAGACUCUGAACUUAAAAACUACCUGAACAAUGUUGUAGGACAACUGAAAGAAUGGCUCUUUGAAUGCCUUGUUCAACGGCUAGUGGUAGUGAUCUCUAGUAAGGAAACCAGCGAAGUUCUUGAAAGAUGGCAAUUUGACAUUGAAUGUGACAAAACUGCCAAAAAUGAGAAUGCACCAAGGCAGAAAUCUCAGAAAGCUAUACAGGAUGAAAUCAAAUCUAUUAUCAGACAAAUAACAGCUACAGUGACAUUCCUUCCUUUGUUAGAAACUACCUGUGCAUUUGACUUACUCAUAUUCACAGACAAAGAACUGUCUGUUCCAGAAAAGUGGGAGGAGUCAGGACCACAGUUCAUCACCAAUUCUGAAGAAGUCCGUCUUCGUUCUUUCACUACUACAAUACACAAAGUUAGCAGUAUGGUGGCCUACAAAAAGGACACCUUGCUGUGAUUUAGUAAAUAAUGUUGUGUAUAUAUAUGUGCCCUUUUGUAUGAUUCCUUACCCAACAGUAAUUAAGAUUCUUUCAAAAUACCAGCUUGGCUAUCUGAGCUGAAGCAUCAUCUUGUAAAUAUACCUUAAGACUAGAAUCCUGUCCUUUUAAUAUUGCAAUUGAAUUGUCAGUGUUUUCUAUGUAAUAGAAUGUAUAAUGUAUAUGCCAUUUUACUAAAAAAUAAAAUUCACAUGGUUUUUAUUUGGUCUUAUCUUAAUAAUGAAGGAGUUAUUUGAAGUAAAAAAGCUGUAUUACAGAUAAACUAGUUAUGUGAAAAAGUACACCCUCUUUUAGUUCUAUGGUUUUAGAUAUGAGGACAUAUAAAA